AUGAAAUUAAAAUACUAAAACAGGCAACCCUGUAAAUAUUUUUUCGACAGUUAACUAUCUAAGUGCAAAUUUGGAGACUAAUGCUUUUACUCUCAUGCUGUAAAUCCAGUCAAUUAUGUUCCAAAGUCCAACAUUGAUUGUUUAAAAACUUCCGAAAGUUCCAAGAAAAGACAAGUAAUCACCAAAACUAUUCCAAAUGGAUAUAGCAGAAGAAAUCUCCCUGUUUGUGUUGAUAUUGAUCCCUUUAAACUAUCUAACUAAUGCAAAAACUAUUCACACUGUGAUAAAUAUGUCCAUAACUACAAUGAUAUUCUAGAAAAUACUAUAACUCCAUUCAAUUCUUUAAAAAUAAAGAUGACCAACAGAGAUGGUAUUAAGCUGUUCAAUGAUUUGAAUUGGAACAUUACCUCUGAAAUAUUGAGUUACUUUAACUACAAUGAAAUAAUGCAUAAACUUAGAUAUAUAAAUCAUGAAACUCUCUACUUAACAUCUGAAAGAAUGGAAGUUGUUCAAGUUGACAAAUCAAUCUCAAUCAAAUUUUUCUUAAAUAAUUUUAUUCCUUUGAUGACUCAUCCUUUUGUAAAGAACGCUGAAAAUAUUAACUUGAUAUUUUUUGUCGACAAAGACAAGUAUUUGUAUCAUUUCAUAAACUCAAUAGUAUUUAAGGACUAUUUCAUAUCAUGCAAAUAAUUUAAAAUCAUAUUCAAACAAUACACUACUGAUACCAUGCAUUUACACAAACAAGUUGAAGAUAAAGUAAAGAAAAAUAUAAAAGUCUUAAACAUGAUUUUACCUUGUAUCAUAGAAUAUAAGAGAUUAAGAAACAUCGAAGGCUUCGAAAUUGAAUCUCAUUCAUCUUUACAAUUUGAUUUGGUUAAGAAUACUUACUUUGCUCUAAGGUAUUUCCGAAAUCUCAAGUAAUUAAUUCUACCAGAUAUUACGCUGUUUUAUCCAAGUUUCAAUAAGCAAGCAAAGUAUGAGAGUUUAUUUGAUACAAAAGAAGAUUAAGUUUUAUAAGGAUAAAAGUGUUAAAUCAUUAUAAAGAGCAACCCAGUUUUGAAUUAUCAAUAAGUGUAAAACUUGAGGACUAGAUUUAAAUUCGUUUAUAUCAAGAAAAUCUCGAAAUUCCAUGAUGCUUCAAGAGUUUAUGACAUUUAGUUUGAUGAUGGUAUGAGAGGUAAAAAAUCUGCUAACGAGCAAAAUUCUAUACUUCUAUUUACCUCACCAAAGUGCAAGCUUGUUAAUCUCACAAUUGUAAAUUUUAAAAACUGCUAGUUAAUUGAUGACACUAUUGAGCUUUUGUCAACUUGCGAGAAUUUGAAGAGUGUAGAAACUUUGAACUUGAGCAAGAACUAAUUAACCAACAAGUCUAUAUUUCACAUCAUGAUUUCAAAAACAUUGAAGAGCUUGUAAAAUCUAGAUAUUAGGAAGAAUAAAAUCAGUUCUUUAAAUUAUUUCUUGUUCAACAAAGUAUACAGGUUAAAAAGUCUUAAAGUCUACGAUGAAAUCGAAAUGUCAGAAGAUACCAUGACUUAAUUCUUCUAGAGCUAAUUUAUCAGAGAUAUAGAAAGAUUAUACAUUAGGUAUGUUGGCAGAAGAGUUCUCUAGAUUGAUAGCAUGCAGUAAAAUUAAUAAACAUCAAAUCUCAAGUAUUUGUAUCUCUAGGGUGUAGUAUUUAUGGGUCCCACCAUUCCAAAUCUCUUUCAGCAAUUUGUAAAUUUAGAAGAACUCAGACUAUAAAAAUGUAAAAUAUAAGGUAUUAGAAAUGCAAUUGCUUUUAGAUCUUUGCCAAAACUUCAAAAACUUGUCAUUAUUGAUAUAGUAGGUGUUGAAGAAAUAGAAAGACUGAUCAACAAUUGUUUGUAUUUGAAAAAGCUUACAAUUGAGAUUCUAUUGGAUAAAUAAAUUUAAUCUGAUGAAAAAUAAAUAGACUUCUCUAGGAUCACUAACAGCAGUAUAGAGUCUUUUAAAAUCAGAGAUUGGAAUUACAAUGAAAAAGAAUACUAGUACUCUAGGAUCAAUGAAGCUAAUUUUUUUACAAAUCUCGUGACACUAGAAAUCCCUUGCAGAGAAUACAAGGAGAUAAAAAAAAUCUUGAAUGUAAAAAAUAAAAUCAAGAAACUUAUACUGUUUAAUCUCAAUUACCUUUCAUUUGAAGUGAUGAAGCUUAUGAAUAAUCUUGCUCAGAACUAUAAGAAGCUAAAGAAAUUAGAUUAUCUUGGGAUUAAAGCAGUUGGCUAUAAAACUCACUUUCCAACUUAAGUGAGAGAUGAUGAAGGUUAAGUAGUCUCUAGCUAUCCAAAUUACUUUAUUAAUGGGUUCAGAAAUCACAGAUAUGCUCGUCAGCAUCCAGAACAAAAUGCAACUGAACUCUAAAUAGCCCCGCUUUUUAACCUUAAAAAAUUAGGUUUACCUUACAAUGAUCAGAUAAUAAGGUCUCUCUAUUCAUAAAUCAAUCUAUAUAGAGAUAAGAAGAUACAAGAGCUAAUUUUUUACUCAAACUCAGAUUAAAUAUUUAUGAUUUACGGGGACAUGUAUCAUCCAUUAAAAAUGUUUCCUUUCAAAAACAGAGUGAAGUUGAUUAAAAGGCACAAUGAAUAUUAAACUCAUGUCAAAGUUAAUAUUGAAGAUGUUGAAAAUUUUAGAGGAAGAGGAGGAAGAGGUAGAGAUAGAGGAGGAAGAGGUAGAGAUAUAUUAGGAAGAAGAGGGAUGUUUGAAGAAGAAAGAGAAAGAGGUGGGCGAAUAAUUGAAGAAGAAAGAGAAAGAAUAAUGGCUUUAAUUACUGGAAGAGAAGCCGAAACCCAAGAUGAAACUGAAAUUUAAGAAAUUAUUCAAGAAGAGCAACUUGUUCCACUUGUUGAAGAAAAUGAAUGGGUUUAGCCUACAGAUUAACCAGAACAAAUCUAAGCAAAUAUGAUUCCAACAAGACCGAUCUCUGAAAUUGACAGCUAUUUAGCUACUGUAACAGAUGAGACUGAGCAGCAGGAAAUAAUGGCAUUUAUGGCAAUAGAAAUGUCUAUUUCUAGCACAUGGGGAAAUUAAAGCAUUUCAAAUUCUGUUUCAGAUGAUAAGACUGAGAUUUAACCUUUGGAGAUGAUUCAGAUUUAGCCGUAUCAAAACAAUCACUAAUGA